CAGCAUCUUUGCAAGCUGACGGCGCCAUUGUCUUGGAGUGUUCUGUUACAAUUUGACAGGCCAUUCUGUUUUAGCUUCCCAGCAGCUGAGAUUGUCAUGGCGGUGGUUUCUGUGCCAAAUCCAAGCAGUGUCAAGGGCACGAAGGAUUUGUCAGAUCAGAUUAUCCUUGCGCCAAAACAAGGGGACUACAUCCCUCUCAAUCCUGGGGAGGAGUUUGCUGAUGUCAGACUGACACUUAACCCUUCUCUUGCUCACAGUAUUGCCUUUUGGUUUGAGGCACGGGGCACACCAGGCAGCAUGAAUGUGCUGGACAAGAUUCCAUCAGAAGCUUUCGUUUGGCACAAGAUUCCAGAGGGUCAACAUCGCAUUCAUGCGGUCCUUUGGAAAGCCACUGCGGCUAUGGAUGCUUCUUCCAGGCCGAAGACGCUUGAAGAUCUUGAGGGCUUCGAAUGCUUAGGCCGGGAGUCUAUAGACAUUUAUGUGAGACGCUUCGAAGAUUUCCAGCCAACCUAUGACUGGCAGCCUUUUGAGAGAUGGCAUCAGUUGCCACCAGGCUUGGAGAUUAGCGUGGAUACGCGACGUGCCAGGAUUCCAGAGCCAUGGCCUUGGAAUGUGGAGGUUGUUGGCCAGGGGACGGAGCAGAUCCAAGUUCAUGGGACUUCCACGAUGUCGCAGCUUUUGGAGCUUUUGAAGCUCUCUGACUCCACCCACGAGGUGGUCUGGCGCGAUGCGAAGCAUGAAUACACAUUGCAACCGGCCUGGACUGCGCGGCAGGCGGAUCUCUUCAGAUAUCGUGAACAGGUCGUAGUCCGAAGGUUUGCAACGAUAGUGGACUGAAGAUCUGCAAUGUGACGGUUUUUGAAUGAGCCUCCAAUAAUGAGACAACCC